AUGAACGCCGCCAGCCAGGGCGAGAAAGCCCUGUCCGAAAGCAACUGCCCCCUCGCAAUCCAGCACUACACACGCGCCCUCACCGAGCUCCCCCGCGCCCCACCCUACUACCUCCAACGCUCAACCGCAUACUCGCGCCUCAAGCCUGCAGACGGCGGCCCGGAUAGUAAAUCCGCGCUCCACGAUGCCGAGAUCGCACUAGUUCUCGCCCGAGACCGCGGCAAGCGCGAGCUCAUCCUCGCAGCGCAGAUGCGCCGCGGCGUUGCCCUAUACCAGCUCGAGCGGUUUGGCGAUGCGGCUUUUGUCUUUGGUAUUGUGGAGGGGAAGACCAAGACUGAGGAGGAGAAGGACAAAUCGGAGGGUAUCAAGGCUGCCAUGUCUGGCGCGGGUGGGAAGAAGAAUGCGUUUGCGGAACUGCCUAUUUGGAUGGCUAAGGUUCGGCGCAAGUUGAAUGAGCUGGGUGAGGGGCACGAGCAGACCAUUGUCUCUGUGCCGGAGUUUCCGGGAGAUGUCCGGGUGCCGUCGGAGAAGGAGCUGAAGGCGCAGUGGGAGGCUUUGAGGGCAGGCAAGUCAGUGCAGCAGACUGCUGGUGGUGGCGGUGCUCCUACAACUGUGUCGAAUGAUCCUGGUUCCAGCUUAGAGCCAGCUGCUACAGAACCAAGCAAGCCCAGCUCUGGACCAACAUCCCCACAGAAGGUCCGGCACGAAUGGUAUCAAUCCCAGGACUCAGUGGUGGUGACCUUGUACGUGAAGGGAAUAGCGAAGGAAAGCGUGGAGGUGGAGCUAAAAGACGACUCGGCGUCUCUUCAAUUCCCACUCCCCUCAGGCGCAGAUUACGCCUUCACUCUCGACCCGCUCUAUGCGCGCAUCGAUCCAUCCACCUCCAAAGUCUCGGUGAUGAGCACCAAGAUCGAAAUCACGCUACGGAAGCAAGUUGCUGGCCAGAAAUGGAAUGCACUGGAAGGGUCCACGUCAAUCUCGACAACGACUCUCGCUGAUCGGCCGGCUGCGGCUGCUCCAUCUACUUCAUCCGGUCCCGCAUACCCGACUUCUUCGCGCCACGGCGCAAAGGACUGGGAUAAAGUUGCAUCGUCGUUGACUGCGAAGAAACCCAAGGACAAGAAGAAGAAGGCCGCUGAUGAAGAAGGAAAUGGUGAAGACGACGUGUCAGACGCUGAGUCUGCAGACUCUGAACUCGGCGGCGAUGCCGUGGAUGGCUUCUUUAAGAAACUGUAUGCCGGUGCGGACCCGGAUACCCGCCGUGCGAUGAUGAAGAGCUAUGUCGAGAGCCAGGGAACGUCGCUGAGCACGAAUUGGCAGGAGGUUGCGAAGGGGAAGGUCGAGCCUCACCCGCCGAGCUGA